AUGCAAAUGCCCUCUGAAAAUGACCAGUAUUUCCUUAGGUUAAAGAAAAUGGAAAAUUUUGUGCCCUAAAAAAGAAUGUUUGCCAAUAAUCUGCAUCAUAAAACAAGCAUGCAUAUUAUAGGCAGCUAGGCUGAGAACAACAAUAAUACUACUUCUCUUUACCCACCAUCUACUUCUCUUAAUCUGGAAAGACACAAACUUCCUCCAAAAGGGAACAUUAGAGGCAGGGAAUACUCAAGGAAUGUUAUUAAUCAGAUAAAUGGUCAGGGAAAUGACUUUUAUAAGACUGAAUACCAGAGGACUAAUGAAGAGAGACAACAGCUAUCGUAACAAUAGCUAUAUCUUACUCAGUAGAAAUAGCUAAGCAGAGCUAAUGUGAGAUCUUAAUAGCAGAUCAGAGUUGAAGAUCAAUUCUUAGAGCACACUCCCUAAUAGAAUCGGCAGCAAACACAAUAAAUAUUAUAGCUAGAGUAACCAUAAAGUUAUUCGGCGAACUUAUACUAAGGAGCAUUAAAUAAUUUAAAUCAGUCAGGAUAAAAUAACAACCAACAGUUUCAACAUCUAUAAUUUUACUAGCCAAUGAAUCAUUCAAUAGAAAGACCAUCGAACUAAGAUUAACAGUUUCAAUACACUAAUGAAUAUUCUAACUAAAAAGAUAGUCCAAGUGCAUAAGCAGAGCUCAUAAAUAAGCAAAAUAUUAGUCCAAACUUAAAUGAAGCCAAUUUAUAUACAAAAGGUAAUUAGGAGUAUUAGCCUUCUUAUACAACUCCAAAUAAUCUCGCAAGCAAUCAGUUAUUCUUCAAAGGCAGAAUAAGCAAUUAAACUCCAACAAUUAAUAGGAACUCUAUAUCCCCUCUGAAUUAAAUACAUGUACUCUCAAAUCUAUCUGUAGAAGAAUAAAGACACCAGAGAAGGUAGCAUAUGCUGGCCUAAUAACAUAAAAUACUAUUUUAAAAGCAAUCAAAUGAUCAUUAAAAUCUUGAAACUAACUCUACACUUCCCAAUCUUUACCAAAGUCACUUAAAUAUAAGCAAUAAUCACUCCAAUCUGUAGAAAUAACUGAGUGGAUAGAAUGCGUAGACCUAAGACUAUAGUCCUAUUCCUACAAAUUAGAAAGCAACAUAGUUAACACAGCAGCCUAAUAAAAGACGGAGUUAGCCCCUAGGCAAGAUUGUAACUUAGAUAGAGAUGAAUCACCCUGAGACCAGAGCUUAUUUAAAAGAGAUUUUGGAUUAAUAGGUCAGAGAGAAACAAAGGCUUAAAACUAUGCAGUUGAUGGAACAGCAACAAGAUAUACCGAUAGGUUUUAAAUUUUCGUCAACUAUUUAACCAGAAUAAGAUAAUUCAUAUAUAAUGUAAUAGCCCACACUAUUAGCUUAAAGGAAUGCAAUGACACUCCCACCCAGACAUUCACAAUAAAAAGUUCUAAAUAGCAAUUUACACUCUCAUAAUUUGAAGCAGUAACCUCAAAAUUAUACUAUUAAUAAUUCACAGAUCCCCACUUCUAUGAAUACACCAAGAGUAAGUUUACCAAAUGCUCUUAGGAAUAGCUAUAAUGGAAGUUUGAUAUUAGAUAACAGUAUACUCCAUAGCAAUCCAAAUAACUACAGAAAUGGAUUCAGAUUUGACUCUGGAUAGACAUCGCCUGAUAACUUGACGCUGCAUAACAAUAGCCUACUUAUAAAUGAUAAUAAUUAUUAGAUGAUGGGUUCAAGUAACAACAACAGCAAUACACUAAUUCGAUAAGAAAUAACUUCACCUUAAAAUGCCAUCUAUGGCUAAAAUGCAAACUAUAUAAGUAGUAUUCUAUGA